AUGCUGAUAGAGUCAAAUCGUCUACAUCAAAAAAUAAAACGGUUGAAAGACGAGUUGGCAAGAGAGAGAGAAUUGAGGAAAGAAGCAGAGAGGCAGUUAAAGAUAUGCAAGGAAUCCGAGCUGUCGAGUGAUAUAGUGCAACGGAUUCACAAUUUGGAGAUUACCGAGCCGACGAAUAUUGGCCUAGUCAUUGGGUUCUCAAUUUUCGAAGAAUUGCCGAGAAGUGAGGAAAAUGGAAACAGAUCAACAUGUAUAACAAAGAAAAUACCGGAAGCUACGGAAAGUUUGAAUGAAACAAGAAAAAACAUGAUUUGUGCAGGAGAAGAAGCGACUAAUUUAUUCAAUAAACUUUCAAAAAUUAUCACAGAAGAAAACACAACAGAAAUCAGAAAAUUCUACAAAGAAUAUUUUGAGAGGAGUAAGUCCUAUGAAUGCUUCUCGUCUUUAAGAAAUACAAAUGAACAACACACUGAAAAAUUUAUAUCGUUGUGUGAAGAAUUGUAUUAUCGAGAGACCAAAGUUUGUAGCCAAGAAGCCUGGAACAUCUAUCAAAAACUAUUCUUAAAUUUACCUUCAUUCAAUUUUUUUCCGGACAUCUGGAUAUUUGAUAUUAUCGAUCGGUUUGUAUUUAAGUAUCAAUACACCGCCUUGACUACUCAAGACGAGAACUGGAACAAGAAUGCAGUGAUAAUUCAUUUGACUUGGAUUCUCACUCAACCAUCAACCAAGUUUCGAUGUUCUGCAUUUCUCGGACUACUCAAGAUUUACAUAUUUGUAGAGGACAAUUCUGCAAUUUUAGAACUACUCAAUGAUUUCGAGAUUGAAUACUUUUUCGGAUUAGAUUUCGAUGUUCAAAUCAGAGAACUUUACAAGAUUGCUUUUGCAUACUUGUUGGUUGGAAAAUGUUCUGAAGCUUCUAAUUGUUUUAUGGCUUUGUUGGAAAGUCUAAAAAACAUAUCAAUGGACGAGAACACAAAAGGAACAGCUACAAAAUACAAUGAAGAUGUUAUGCGAUGUCUGGCUUUCAGUACGUUCAGCAACUCCAAAAGCAGAAGAAAUGUUCCGAAACCAAUCGUAUCAACAAUCGAAAAUACUUAUAAAACAGAUAUUGAAGACUGGAAAGAUGGAAAAAUAGAACGUUUUUGGAAUUUCUUUUUUGAGUGUUCUCCAUAUAUCUGUCGGCAAGAGCCAUCUUCUCGCGAAUGGAAAGCUCAAAACUUGAAAAAUAUAAAGUUUUGUCUUAAAAAUAUGACUAGAUGGAAGCCAAUGAGAAACUUGAAAGGAUUGUUGAAAAUGUGUGACGUUCUGGAAAUGAUUCCAAAAUCUAUAAUGCCUAUGACCACUGAUUCGGAUAUUAGAUUCUUCUGCGAUAACAACAAUGGACUCCUCCGAUUAGUCAAUUCAAAAUCGUCUGGAAUUGAAAAGGUUCUGCAGGACUCCCCAAAUAUUCAUCAAAAGGAAACACUAACUCUUCUUAUAAUGCAAUACCAUAAAAUCCUACGAAAACAAAAAAGUGAAGAGAAAGUAUUGGCUUUUGGCAGAAAAUUUGUUAAUGUUUUGAAGAAAAUUGGAUACUCUGGAUCAAUUAAUGUGGACGAUGCAAUGUGUUAUAUCAGAGAAGUCUCGAAAAUAUCCAUGGAAGCGGCAAACAAACUUGUUGAGGAUCAAUAUAAAUUCUGA